AUGAAAGGUGAUGCUAUAGGAGAUACUUUAUAUAGUGAACGUUUUGUAUUGUCUACUUUAAUACAAUUAACUAAAUACACAGAUUUACGAAUCUCUGGAAAAAAACUAUGUACUUUAUGGGAUAUGACCAUUGAACGAGAUGUAGUUUUAUUGUUAUUGGAACAUAAUAGUUUGGAACUUAUUGCUAAUAUUAUUCAAAAUGAAACAAAUGAAAGGUUAACUGAAAUAUUAGUUGGUAUUGUUGCAAAUAUGUCUUGUUUAUCAGAAACACGCAAAAAACUCUGUUUCGAUAAAAAAACAAUGGAAAUUUUUUUAGAUGUAAUAACACCCCAAGAUCCUUUAAUACUUAUACAACUAAUGAGAUUUAUCACUUCGGUACUCAUAUUUGAAAAUUCUGGUGAUGAAUAUGUUUGGUUUCAACAUUUUGAAAAUAAAGUUGAGUUCAUUGAUCAAUUAGCUUUUAUUCUACAUAACUCUACAAAUUCAAUUUUAAUACUUAAUGCAUUAGAAGCCUUAAUAUCAAUGUGUGCAAAGUUUGUCAUGCUGGAUAUGGAAGACAAUUCUUCAAGUACAUUUAUGCAAAUGUUUGUAAAGGCAUUGUGGUGA